CCUAUAGGCGGCCGCCGGUAUUACCCCACAUCUAGUAGAACUCUCCCGUUGUUGGGGGUCUCUUCUCCUGCGGCGUGCGUUAAGGUUAAAACCGGACCAAAAAAUGGCGUUUACUUCUCAAGGAUCAAAAAAAAAAGUUUGCUACUACUAUGACGGUGAUGUUGGAAACUAUUACUAUGGCCAGGGUCAUCCCAUGAAACCCCACAGAAUUCGCAUGACACACAACCUCCUGCUCAACUAUGGUCUCUACAGAAAGAUGGAGAUAUACCGUCCACACAAAGCCAGCGGAGAAGAGAUGACCAAGUACCACAGCGACGAUUACAUCAAGUUCCUGCGUUCCAUCAGGCCAGAUAACAUGUCAGAAUACAGCAAACAGAUGCAGAGAUUUAACGUGGGAGAGGACUGCCCGGUGUUCGACGGGUUGUAUGAGUUCUGCCAGCUUUCAGCUGGAGGGUCCAUUGCUGGUGCUGUGAAGUUGAACAAACAGCAGACAGACAUUGCAAUCAACUGGGCCGGAGGACUGCAUCACGCUAAGAAGUCGGAAGCCUCGGGGUUCUGCUAUGUCAACGACAUCGUCCUGGCUAUACUAGAGUUACUGAAAUACCACCAGAGAGUUGUUUACAUUGACAUUGACAUCCAUCACGGGGAUGGCGUGGAAGAGGCUUUCUACACCACUGACCGUGUCAUGACUGUGUCCUUCCACAAAUAUGGGGAGUACUUCCCAGGCACCGGUGACCUCAGGGACAUUGGUGCUGGCAAGGGUAAAUAUUAUGCUGUGAAUUAUCCACUGAGGGAUGGGAUCGAUGACGAGUCAUAUGAAGCCAUAUUCAAACCUAUCAUGGCCAAGGUGAUGGAGAUGUACCAGCCCAGUGCAGUGGUCCUUCAGUGUGGAGCCGAUUCUCUCUCUGGGGACCGGCUCGGUUGUUUUAAUCUCACCAUUAAAGGUCACGCCAAGUGUGUGGAGUACAUCAAAGGUUUCAACCUGCCGAUGCUGAUGCUGGGUGGAGGCGGCUACACCAUCCGUAAUGUGGCACGCUGCUGGACAUUCGAGACUGCCGUGGCGCUGGAUUGCGCCAUCCCUAAUGAGCUUCCAUACAACGACUACUUCGAGUACUUUGGACCAGACUUCAAGCUGCACAUCAGCCCAUCCAACAUGACCAAUCAGAACACCACCGACUACCUGGAGAAGAUCAAGCAGCGCUUGUUUGAGAACCUGCGAAUGUUGCCCCACGCCCCCGGAGUUCCGAUGCAGGCCAUUCCAGAGGACGUCAUGCAGGAGGACAGUGGCGACGAGGAGGAGGAUCCCGACAAGCGCAUAUCUAUACGCGCUCAGGACAAACGGAUAGCGUGUGAUGAGGAGUUCUCCGACUCCGAGGCCGAAGGCGAUGGCGGGCGCAGGAACAUAGCCAGCUACAAGAAAGUCAAGCGAGCCAAAACCGAUGGAGAGAAGGAGGGAGAAGGGAUGAAAGGUGAGGAAGAAACUAAAGAAGUAAAGGACGAAGAAAAGGUGCCAGAGGAGGAAAAGAUGGACACGUCAAAGUGAGGAAAAGGUGAACGCGCGGUGGUUAACCGGUUCCUUAACGAGUUCUCGGCUCCCAUCGAUGCCGCUGCAGCAGAGCCGAUCUUUUUGGAUUGCUGGAGCAGAAACCAGUGAAGGCCUUUAAACCAGGUCUUACUUCCUCUGAACGGGAUGCACAUCAAACCUUUUCAAGAACAUUUAGUUUUUUAGACAAAUGUUUUUGAACACAUUUUCGUGGCUUUGUUCUGGUGAACAGUUUUGUAAAAAGUCUCGGCGUGGGUUUAUACAUCUGGGCUUCAUUUAAAUCCAAUAUUUGGGUGUUUUUUUCUUCAGACCCACUUUUGUCUCGUGCCUUUUCUGAUGUCGAAAUUAUUUGGUCUUUUUGCCAAAUAACGCUUUUACCAUGGCCCACUGUAAGCACGAGUCGUUUUUUAUUCUAGGUAAUGCGUGAUGUUUUACAGACAGGGUCACACCUUGGGCAGGUUUCUGGGACUUUUAACUCAUAAAUAUUUAGGAAUGUUCCUUGAAAAGGAAGCCUGAUCGUCGGGUUUGGGGUCCGGUCAUCAGGCGAGACAAACGUUAGGAAACAUUCAUUGUGUGUAAAUAA